AUGCACCCGCUAAGCCUCCUCCCCGGAAUUCUGGUCAUACUCCCGCUAACAUCAGUUCUCCUGUUAUCUCUGCCACCCAAACUUCUAGUAAUAGGCCCAUUAACAUCAAUGCACCAGUUGACCCGCUCCCUCGAUGUCGGGACCUACAAGACCCUCCACUCCACCAUCUACUGCGAUUACAACUCGCCUAAAUACUUCCUCUGUCCAACGAUCGAUAAAUUCCGUUGCCUUUAUCUCUGCAACAAGCCCAUCAAUAAUGUCGCCAACACCGUCGAAAGCGUUUAG